GUCAUCUAAAUGUGUCAUUCAUCGUACCAUCAGCUUCAGUACUCCCGGCUAAAGGCAACCAAAUCAUCCUAGAGACGGCCUUCUCAAAUCUUCUGGUGCUGAUUGCUGUAAUCUUCAUGGAAAAAAGUUGCAGAAAAUUAGGUGCACACAAACGUAUGCACUUUUCUUGAACUUCAUUUUUGGUAUUUUACUAUUUGUCCAGAAUCUAGCGAUACCCAAUUCUUGAAAUUUUAAAAUUCCAUCUUGUCUUACCACCAAGACAUAGCCCCCUAAAAAUCCCUAAUAAUGAGAUUCCGACAUUAGCAAAUAAUAUAGAAUUGGGGUUUUUUGAGGCUAAUUUAAUUUACAGUUAUUUGAUUGAAAGAUGGAGAGUUCUGGAUCCUGCAAGAAUUGCAGCAAGAGAACCCUCGUAGUAGAUGGUGAUACUGGCAACUUGGUGUGUUCAUCAUGUGGGGUUGUUCAGGAUUUUGAGAAUUUUCAAGCCCACAUUGGCGGUAUUACUGGCCCUACUGGCACCUUUGUCCGCGUAGGCACGGCGGGCUCCGGUAGUGUGUAUAGCUACAAGCAAACUAAAGUUUAUCAAGCUCAAAAACUGAUAGAAGAUUUGAUAUUUAAGUUAGGAUUAGCGGCCUCACGGUAUGAUGAAGUUAAGGCCAUGGUUGAGAGGAUAACAGAGGGUGAAUAUGGUCAGGGGAGAUGGUUUCCAAUUUUUGUUGGGGCUUGUGCUUAUGUUGUAUUGAGGAAGGAUAAGAAAAGCUUGCCGAUUGUUGAAGUGGCGAAUGUGGUCGGUUGUGAUAUUAGUGAGUUGGGAAGAAUGGUGCAUCGGGUUGUGGAUUUUCUUGAUCUGAAGUUGCCUGAGUUUGAUAUUGUUAGCUCGUUUGAACGUGCAAUUAGGAGUUGUCCGAGCUUUAGUGGGGUUGAGGAGGAAAUUGUUGGAAGGAUGUUGAAGCAAGGGGUGUUCUUGGUGCAGUGCUCGAUGAAGUGGUAUUUGACUACAGGGAGAAGACCAAUGCCCAUUGUGGCUGCCAUUUUGGUGUUUGUUGCAGAGUUGAAUCAGGUUCACGUGAAGAUUGAAGAGGUUGCAAAGGAGCUGUAUGUGGCAGUGCGAACGUGUAAGAAGAGGUAUAAGGAGCUGUUGGAAAGACUUGUUAAAGUUGCGCAACUCUUACCUUGGGGGAAAGAUAUUACUGUCAAGAAUAUUAUCAGGAAUGCUUCUUCAGUAAUUCAGUACAUGGAGUUGAAGUCGUCAUCAAGGUGCAGUGGAAAGAAUCGUUUUGAUCAUGUCGGUUUUGAUUUGGAUGAUUUAGUCGCUGACUGUUUGAACAAAGAAAUCAGGUACAGGUAUGAUACUUGUGAUGUGGAAAAGGACUUGCAGUAUUUUGAGGUGGAGAAUUCUCCAACUUUGAGAAUAGAAGGAACCAAUAAUCUCCAGAUUUCGCAUGAAUGCUUGGCCAUGAUUUAUUCAAAUUUCUUAGAUCGCUUACCAUUGAUUAAGUCUUCUGCAGAAAUAGAAGAGGCAGAUUGGACAAAACAGGAGAAGGGAUAUGACAUUUACACUUGUAGAGAGUGGUGGACAGGCAAAUCAGAAAUGAGCAAGAAACUUUUGCUGAAGCAAAUUAUUGAGAAAGAUGUUGGAUUGAAUGCAAACCCUCCGUCUUUUGAUAGAGGAAACUUGACAUAUCAAAGGAGGAGAGAAAAGAUAAAUGCUGCUAAAUCACGCAUUCAGAGGAUUUUGCAUCCAUCUGAAGCUGGCUUUGGUGAUGGAAAGGAUCUAUGUCUUGCACAAUGUAUAAGUGCUAACAAUAAAAGGAAAAUACAAGUUGAUGUUGACUGGGAAGAUUUGAUUAUUGAAACACUUCUCCUUCAUCAAGUGAGAGAGGAGGAGAUAGAGAAGGGGUAUUACAAUGCCUUGUUGGACUUGCAUGUAUUUAAUCUCUGAAGUAUGAAAUGUUUUAGAUUCAUAAUGAAGCAGAAUACAAUGCAUCAUUUUGACAGUUCUAGGAUAUUCCAAGUCCUGAACAGUUCAGCAA